CCUGUUCGAACAAAAACCUCCAAAACCUCCCCUCCGAUGCCGCCGCCGCCGCCGCCGCGCGCAGCGCUUCGCCGUCUUCUCCCGGCCACCGGCAUCCAACCUAUCCGGCGCCGUCCCGCGCCGCCUCCACCAGCCGACCAGAGCCCCCUACCGGACCCCUACGCUCUCCUCGUCCACGACCCUAUCGACCUCCUCUCCUCCCUGUGGCGCCGCGCCUUCGCUCACCCACCUUCCACCCCUUUCCCCAACCUCUCCGGCUACGCCUCCCGCCUCGACCUUUGGCUCCUCUCCUACCAGCGCGCCUGUGCCCACGCCACCGGCUCCUUCCCGCCGCGCCAGGCCGUCCCGCUCCCCACCCUCCACUCCCUCCUCCGCCUCCGCGCCGCCGCCCUCCGCCGCCACCCCGCCUUCCCCUGGGGCGCCUCCACCCACCUCCUCCUCCGCUCCCCCGCCGACACCCCCUCCACCGUCCCUGUCUCCCGCCGCAAGCUCACUGCCCGCCUGGCCAAUGCCCCGCCCCCCUUCCAGGACCACGUCGUCCAGGAGCUCCUCCUCCUGCUCCUCGAACCCGUCUUCGAGCCCCGAUUCUCCCCCAAGUCCCACGCCUUCCGCCCUGGACGCGGGCCCCACACCGCCAUCCGCUCCGUUCGCUCCGGCUUUGCCGCCUACCUCUGGUUCAUCACCGCAGACCUCACAACCGUGGUCGACGCCUUAUCGUCAGACACCAUUCUGUCCUGUGUGGAAAAGGCCGUCUCUGAUCGCAAGGUGCUGUCUUUGCUCAAGUCGGCGCUCAACGCCCCUGUCCGGCCCGGGUCUGUGCCGCCAAGGGAGAAGGAUCUGGAUGGGCUAAGCAAGAAGAGGCUGAAAAGGAAGGUGCUCAGGAAGAGCAGGAAGAAGAAGGUGCUUAAUGAAGAUGAACCCAAGCCAGACCCAUAUUGGUUGAGACUGUUCUUUGGAUUCGCCCCAGAACAGGCGUGUCAUGUGCCAGAAUAUGGGCAUUGUGGGAUGAUUAGUCCAUUGCUCGCCAAUGUGUGCCUUAACGAGUUGGAUUGGUGGAUGGAGGAGAGGAUUAACGAGUACUUCCGCCCGUCAAGGCAUGAUUCGAUAUGGAAGGAGGCGGGCGAUGAGGGAUGUCAUAAUCCGUCUUGGCCUGAGUUUGUUCCGUCAAGUGGGAGGGAGAAGACCAGGAAGAUGGAUUUCCUUAGAUUUGGCUCUCAUGUCUUGAUUGGGGUUCGGGGGCCGAGGGAGGAUGCGGUUGAGAUAAGGAGGCAACUGAUGGAGUUUUGUGAGAGAACAUUUGGUUUGAGGCCAGAGAAUUCGUCGGUGGAGAUUGAGCACAUCACAAGGGGGAUUGAAUUCUUGGAUCAUGUCAUUGCCCGCCGGGUCAUCUACCCGACCUUGCGAUAUACCGCCAGUGGAGGAAACAUUGUGAGUGAGAAGGGUAUUGGAACAUUGUUAUCUGUCACAGCAAGCUUGCAGAGGUGCAUUAGGCAUUUCAGGAAGCUUGAGCUUGUAAAGGGGGACAGGGAUCCUGAGCCACUACCAUGUUCACCAAUGUUGUACUCUGGGCAGGCGCACACUAAUUCUCAGAUGAACAAAUUUCUUGAGACCAUGGCUGAUUGGUAUAAGUAUGCGGACAACCGGAAGAAGAUUGUAGGGUUCUGUGCAUAUGUUAUACGGAGCUCUUUGGCAAAGCUUUAUGCGGCAAGGUAUAGGCUAAAAUCUCGUGCUAAGGUUUACAAGAUUGCAUCGCGUGAUCUCAGCCGCCCGUUGAGGGAGAGCACAAACAAUGAUGCACCAGAAUACUCUGAUCUCUUGAGGAUGGGAGUUGUUGAUAUUAUUGAGGGUGUACAAUUUGCGCGCAUGUCAUCAAUUCCAUCAUGUGAUUAUACAACUUUCCCUAGAAACUGGGUACCGCACCAUGAACUUGUAUUGCACGAGUAUAUCAAACUGCAAGAUCCAAAGUUCUUCUGCGAACUUCACAAGACAAUCAAACGACGGGAGAUAAGUUCACCACAGGAUGAUGUAUCGAAGAUGGUGUGGCAUUAUAAGGUUCAUGGUGUUUAUGAUAAUAACAGGGUCUCAAAGAAAUUAAAUGAAUGGAGGGGUAAUGAUGAAGCUGUCAAUGGGGAAACACAACUUCUGUUGGAUAAGUAGUCCUAUAUUCCAUACCAUUUGUAGAGAUACUGAUGGGUGAUACAUCGAUUGCACAUAAGCAGAUCUCAUGUUUGGAACAAAAAAACUUUUUUGGACAAAUAGUCCUAAUUGCGUAGGCAGAAUAUUGAUGGGUGAUGCAUCAACGACCUACCCAGCUAAUGACCAAGAAAUCUAUCAUGGGGGAAAUAUUUGGAUGUUCAAGAGUACAUGUUUGAACAUGUACUACAAUACUACACGUGAUCUUGAGACUUAUGUUUCUACAAUAGUAAGAAUGUGUUGUUUGUAGUUAUUGUGACACUAACAAAGCGGGAUUACAAUGCAUAUCUAGUCAAGUAGUCAAUUUGCUAACAAGUUGAUGCACUCAUUCAAGCCUUACACAGGCCUGCAGUUUAUGGUUCAUCAAGUGAAUGCAGUAUAUAUACUGUAAAGCCUUUUCCUGUUGGGCAGUGUGAACAUUUACUCAUUUAGGCGAGAACUUCAAUACUACUACUAUGGGUCACCAUCUUGCAGUACACAGUUCUUGCUGGUUGGAGGGUUGCAAUUAUUUUCUGUUACUCUGAUCUGUCAUCGCGGAAACUGCUUUCGUCGCCGGGGGUUCUGGAAGGACCGUGCUCUCGCUCUCGUCUUGCCAACCAUAGGACGAGCAAUAUCACAGACAUGGAGCACUCUUGUGAAAUUCUGCAACCUCUCGUUCACACUUUCUGGUGCAAACGGUUUGCAUUCAGGUAUGGCAUGGGCAGCUGGAGUGUCUCCGUCCUGUAAGCAAGAUGGUUACUCGGGAAACUCACCCAUGUUCUGCUUUUUGUGGAAUACAGUUUCUGCAGUGUCACUGUCGACAAAGCCUCGUUGAUUUGCAGGGACACAGGAAUAGGAAAAAUACAGAAAUUAGGUUAACAUGCAAUCUUUCAGUACCAAAGGAUCAGCAUGGGCGUUUGAUUGUGCAUGGAAAAACACAGAGUAGAAAUGUUUUACACGAGGUUGGAAGGAACAGAUGUAAAUUUCCCUAUGAAACUAGUACACAAACGAAUCUCAAGGAAUAAUUCAUAUGGAUUGCAAUCUUACGAAUAA